UCCCCGCGGCGGCGGAAGGGGCGGAGGCGGCGGCGGCGCCGCCCGCGGUGCCCCGGAAGCAGCGCCCGGGCCCGGCAUGGCGGAGGAGGCGGCGGAGGCGGAGGAGGCGGCCGCGCUGGCCUGGAUGGACCAGGCGCUCGAUGUGGCUAAAGAGGCGCUGGAGAAAGGAGAGGUGCCCGUGGGCUGCCUGCUGGUCUACAAGGGCGAGGUCAUAGGCAGGGGCAGGAACGAGGUGAACGAGACGAAGAACGCUACUCGACAUGCAGAAAUGGUGGCAAUCGACCAGGUCCUUGACUGGUGCAAGCAACACAAGAGGGACUACAGGGAAGUGUUUCCGCAGCUGGUGCUGUACGUCACUGUAGAGCCGUGUAUCAUGUGUGCAGCUGCUGUGCGCCUGAUGAAAAUUCCACGGGUCGUGUAUGGCUGUCGAAAUGAGCGAUUUGGAGGCUGUGGCUCCGUUUUGAGCAUCUCAUCCGAUGAUAUGGUGGACUCAGGAGACCCAUUUGAAUGCUCUUCUGGCUAUCGUGCUGAAGAAGCAGUGGAAUUGUUAAAAGCUUUCUACAGACAAGAAAAUCCCAAUGCACCAAAAUCAAAAGUACGGAAAAAGGAUCGUCGUCAGCAGCCCUACCCUGGUGGGACACAGGAACUUACCAAAAAAUGAUAUAUGACAGUUUCUUCAGCAUGCUGCUUUUUAAAAAUGUGCUGUUCAAUCAAUCUAUAUUUCAUUUUCUCUACAGAGUUUUUACUAAUAGGAUACUUAGUACCUGCUCCUGCGUUUCUAUAUUUAUGAUUUCUUGUUAUCAUGAGAAAACAAAAGAAUAAAUGGCUGUUUUUAGAAAGAGGAAGAUUGGUGGUUCAAGUCCACUCGUUUACAGACAGAUCCAUUAAAGUGGUGCUUUUGUACAGCACAUUCUAGAAUACUUUUUUCCUUCUGUGUGUGGAGAAGCAUCUUGCUUUUCAAUAGCAAAUGUUUGCUUAGGCAAGCAACUAUCUUGGAAUGUUACAUUUUUAAGUCCUUUACAGUCUGUGUGUGUAUAUUUAUUAAAAAGGCAUACAAAAGAAUUGUACAGUCCUUGAAGACUUAGGACCAUUGCAAAUGUUUCCUCAUUUUUUUUCUGCCUUAGCACUAGCCAGAUUUUCAGAGGUAAUUUCUGGAAGUUACAUACCUGUGUAGACAGGGACCUACAAACAAUCAUGUGUUUGUUUGUGUGUGCUGUUGCUUACUAAGGAUAAGCAAAUAUAACUUGGUUUCACCAGACAAAAUUGUGGAGAAACUCUCCACAACUCUCUUUAGACUGUCCCUCCUCUUGUGAAUAUCAGUGUAAGAAAUACUUUGUUUUUAAGAGUCUACUACAAAGUUGUUCUCAGCUCUUAAAUUAUAGUAACCAAGAUGGGCAGAUACAAGUGAAAACCAGGAAAUGAAGUUGGUAAUAACAUGAAUAAAAUAUAUUAAAGGUAUUUAUCUUUC